AGGCAGCAGUCAAAAAAUUAAAUUGGGAACGUUUUUCUGAGGCCACAUAUGUACAUAUUUUUUAUUGCUAUUUCAAGUUUAAAAAUUUGAUUGCCGCUUAGCUUUUUUAUAUUGAAUACUGAAAAAUGCCACGUCUCAAACCUACAACAAAAAUCGAUGUUAUCGGUAAUUUGGAUUUGAGUCCUGAGAAGGCGGUUGGCGAUUACAUCGAAUCGAAGCAGCAAGAUGCGUAUUUCGUAAAACCGCCAAAUUGGGAUUCGGCAGGCGACUCCAUUGAAUUGCUUUACAUACGCAAUGAACGCGAACAUUCGGCUAUGCUGCGCCUACAAGACGAAAUGCUUGAGAAUUCUAAGCGUCAGGCGGCAAGUAAUGCCAAUCGCAUACGCAAACUCUAUAAAAUACAAGCAAAUUUGCGCAAACGCUUCGUAGAAGUGAACAGUUUUAUAAAAGAUUGUGAUGAUAAAAAACGCAUAGCAGAGAAGAAAGUGGCAGAAGAAACGGCACUACAUGCAGAACUAACGGAAAAUAUUGAAAAAUUUAAGAGUGCCAUAUCGGAGCUGAAUGAAUUUCGUGAUGUGCUCAAGACGACUGUGAACGAAUUGGAACCAUAUGAGACCGUUAUACAGGAGGUGGUGGAGAAGUCUGAGUUAUUUGAUUCGGUGAAAGAUUGCAUGGAUCGCUGUGAUGCGCUGAUGUUGGCUCAAGUUGAAAUUUCACGUUUGGAGCAGGAAAAAUUUUUAGAAAUCGAAGAAAUGCGUAAACGUAUGGUGAAGGUGACCAACGAGGCAGCGCUUACGGUGUUGGGCUUGAAAAACGAUUUGGCUGAGCUGGAACGUUCAUAUAAUCAGGCGCGCAGCGAGUGUCUGCGUUGGGAGCGUAUUUUGGCAAAUGCAAAAGAUUGUGUUGCAACGAAUGAACUCAAUAAAGAUCGUGCGUUGGAUGGUAUACGCGAUAUUUAUCGGAUGUUGCGACGCAGACAAGGACGUGAUCCCGCUUACCAACGUCACGAGGUCGAAAAAGAGUUGGAUUUUAUUAAAGAAGAAAUUGAAAUGCUGAAAGCAGUGGUCAAAGAAUGCAAAAAAACACGUGCCAGCACUAAACCAGAAGGUGGUGUCGAAAAGGUUGAGGGCAAAUGCUAAUCAUUGUCAUUAUAAAUAAAGCAAAAUAUCACAACAAAUCAAUUAUGUAUUAACACUUUUUAGCACUGCAAUAAAAUAAAAUAAGAUA